AACAUUUAUGUAAAAUAAAGCGAGACGAACAGCCGUGCGACCGGACGUGUUUGGCCGUUGAUUUUGAUUUUUAAUUCCGACGCGCAGCAAAGAAAGCAUCUUAAACACGUACUAGGCACGGUGUAAUUAUUUGUAAACCAAUUACAAUUGCAAUUGUGCAAUUAAUCGCGUGUGUGUAAAAGUUUAUCACAAACAGAAUUGAAAAUUCAGAAAACUGCUGUUAAAACUAAAAUAAAGCGACGCCGCCUGGAGUUUGUAUGUGAAUGUGUGUAUUUGUAUGAGUGUGUAAAUUCUGCGCGCCGCUUUUUAAUUGAUCAAAGCAUUUGUUCAAUUUAAUUGUUGCAAAAACAAAGAUGGAACUGGCAAAGCGCAAUGAGUAAAACAUAGCAAACAAACUAAAAUUGAAACUGAAACAAAGAAACUUAACAGAAAGUUACAACAAAAAAAGGCCUAUCCGUGUGCGUGUGUGUGCGUACGUUUGUGUGUGUGUGGCGUCUUCUGCCAAAUUUAAUGCAAUUCAAACGAAAUGGAAACGAUCGAGGAGCAAUCAAAAACAGAGAUGUCCAUCAUGUCGAAGCUGCCCACACGCAUCUGUUUGGUGGGCGGGGCUGGUAAAGAUGCUGGCACGGUGCAGGCAGCCGAAAGUUUUGGCAUGCCCGUAAUCCAUUCGGAAACUGGUCUGGAUAUCAUGAACGAUCUGGAAUGGCGCACAUUCUAUGUGCUGCAGGACUUUGAGGACGAGAUCUUUGAUGCCAUACACAAGCAAAAAGAAUGCAUUUUGGGUCCACCCGCUUUGAAGUAUGCCGCCGAGACGAAACAGACUCUUGGCCAGAACACUCGGCCCAUUUACAACUAUGCAAUGCGUGGUGUUGUUACUUGCUUCACCGGCAUACGCAAAAAGGAUGAACUGACAAAACUUGUGAAUCUCAUACACUCCAUGGGCGGUUGCAUCAAGAAGGAUUUGAAUACAAAGACCACGCAUUUGAUAUGCAAUCACAGUGGCGGCGAAAAGUAUCAAUACGCCAAAACCUUUCGGUUGACGGUGGUGCGACCGGCUUGGGUCUAUGCCGCAUGGUCAGCACGGGAUUCACUGGAGUUUGAGGCGACUCAGGAUAACUUUACGAAGGUGCAUCGUUUAAAGGCAUUUGAGGGUCAGAAGAUCUGUUUCUUUGGCUUUCCGGCGGAGGAGCAUCAACACAUGGUCGAUGUGCUCUUGGAGAAUGGAGGCGUCUGUGCCGAACUGGAUGAUCCCGAGUGCUCGCAUGUCGUGAUGCCCAAUACGGGCGCAGUCUUUACAAGUUCUAGCACUAGCACUAGCACUACUAGCACUGAUACUAACCACAGCACUAACACUAAACCCAUAAUAAGCAGUCAGAACAACAACAACAACCACACACCACCCAUCAAUCCAGAGGAGCAACUGUCAGAGGAAGAGGAGCAACAACAACAACAAAAGGAAGAUGGAGAAACGCCUUUAGAGGAUCCAGAUGAUAUUCACUUUGAUGAUCGUCUAUUUGUGGAGGCGGCAGACAUGCAACAGCCCGAAGAAUUGCCACUGUCCGAUUCGGCAGACGAGGCUGAGGAAGAGGAGGAUGUGCAAUCCAGCACACCCAAGAGAUCCAUGAAUUGCCUGCAACAAUCAAACAUCAAAUAUAGAAGUCAAUCCCCCCAAGAAAGUCUUUCGCCUAUUUUAAAAGCGCCCACAAAGUUGCUGGCUAUUGAAACCAUCAAUGAAUGUGACAUGGAAACGGAAACGGACACGGAUGACUUGAUGUCCAAUAUGGAGAAUGAUUUGAAGCGUAAACGCGAUAGCUUUGAUAGCGUAUCUUUAAUGUCGGUGGAUUCAUUUGCUCUGCCGGCAAGCACCAAGAAACCGAAGCUAAUACGCACAGGAUCCAUAACGAGGACUCUGAAACGUUCCAUGAGUUUUGUGGCAGAUCGUACGCCAAUUAUAAAAACAUUGCGUACACGUCGCAGUUCGAUUGCUGUGGCGGAUACAUCCACAUUUCUGGCAGACGGAGACGAGACGACGGCAGAUGAUUCCAUAUGCUCCAGCAUAAGCAAUACAUUGAAUGAAUCCAUUAGGAAACCGGUCAAAGAGAAGCUGCGAAGUAUCUGCGGACGCAUAACACGGAGCAGCAGUCGCCGAGCGGAUCGGGAAGCGACUCCGGAAUGCGGACAGCAGCUGGACAGCGGAUUUAAGACGCCCAAGGCGCCGUUGCAACGUUUUGGCAACGGUACAGGAAAUGGCAGUGCAACUGGAACUAAGAAAACCGCUAAACGUCUCUUUGGUGCGGUGGGUGGUGGUGGUUUAGGUGGUUCAAAUGGUGUACAUGGUUCAAGUGCUGCAUUUCCAACUAACAGCAAUCCCAAUGUCAAUGGCAAUGCCAAUUCCUAUGAUACUUCAUCCACAAUUGCCUGCUGUGCUGCAACAAAUGCAACAUCAUUAUCACCAUCUGCAACAUCAUCAUCAUCAUCAUCAUCAUCACCGUCGAAAGUAAUUGACAUUAUUGAUGCCAAGUUGACAACGUUGACGCCGUCGAGGCGCGACAGCAACACAGAAAUUGCAAUUCCAAAUCCGAUUCCAAUUCCAGAUGAGCACAUAAAAAUGGUUGUCGAUGAACACGCGACUGUCUCGAAGCCGGAGCCAAAGAAUCACAAUACGCAUAUUCUAAAAUCGGACUGGUUCUGGUAUACAAUCCAGAAUGGCUAUGCCAACGAAAUGGAUUAUCUAUUUGGCGAUUAUUUGGACAGCAUUACGAAUACGCCCAGCACAGAUCGUCGUGACUCUCUGCCCAUCAGUUUCAACAAGCGGAAACGCAAGCGUUUCUCACAGCGCAUCCAAUUGGAGGGCACUCCGUUGGGAUCCGGCAAGCGACGCUCCUCGGUGUCGGAUGCCGGUCUGCUGUCCGUUUCCAAUAGCUUCUUUGAUUGCACCACCAGUCCGGAUAAGCUGGAGAAUGAUAAGCUGUUGUUGCAUGUGGAGCCGGAAAUAAAUGAAGCGACGCCCACCAAAAAAUCCAUGCGCUUCAAUCACUUUAUGGACUUCUAUACCACUGAGUCCAACUAUGUGGGCAUCCUGGAUACCAUAUUAAAUCUGUUUAAAAACAAAUUGGAGGAGCUGGCGGAAACGAAUGAUCCGCUGUUGAAUAAAUCGGAGAUAAAAUCGAUAUUCGGUAAUUUUCUGCCGAUACACGAAGUGCAUCAGAGCAUGUUGGAGCACUUGAGGAAACUGCAUGCGAAUUGGCGAGAGGAUUGCCUGAUUGGGGAUAUUAUAAUACAGCAUCGGGAUGAGCUAAUCAAAGCCUAUCCGCCGUAUGUGAAUUUCUAUGAGCAGAUGAAGGAACAACUGCUGUACUGUGAUCGUGAAUAUCCCCGUUUUCAUGCCUUCCUCAAGAUCAAUCAGACGAAACCCGAAUGCGGUCGCCAGAGUCUGCAGGAUCUGAUGAUUCGACCGGUGCAACGAUUGCCGAGCAUCAGUCUCCUUUUAAAUGAUAUAUUGAAGCACACGGGCAGCAGUAAUGUGGAUCAUGCUCGUCUCGAGGACGCACUGAAGGCCAUUAAACAGGUUACGCUGCACAUAAACGAGGACAAACGUCGCACAGAGUCGCGCAUGGCCAUCUUUGAUAUAUUCAACGAUAUCGAUGGUUGUCCAGCCCACUUGGUUAGCUCCAAUCGCUGCUUCAUUUCCAAAUGUGAAGUCAACGAACUGUCCGAUUCAUUAAGUGGACGUGGCGAUAGCUUAUUGCUCUAUUUAUUCUCCGAUUCCAUUGAGUUGUGUAAGCGACGCUCUCGCGGCUUUAACACGGCCAAAUCACCGAGCACGGCUAAAACGCAUAAGCACAUUAAGCUGAUAUCCCUGAAUACGAUACGUUUUGUCAUCGAUAUCACAGAUAGUCCGCGUGCAUUUGGUUUACUGCAGCGUGGCGAUAAGGAGAAGCUAUACACCUUCAGCAUUAUCGAUGAAGAGACCGAUAAGCUGGUCUACCUGAAAAAGCUUUGUAUGCAAAUUGCAGCUCACACCUGUCGCACAGAUGCGGACAAAAUGCUGCUGAGCCGCACUUCACUGGAACUGGAGGUGGAUAUCAGCGAUGUAAAUGUCAGCACAUUAAGCAAAGCUUUCAAAUUGGCUGCUAAAACGCGCUUAAAGGUGGGACGCGCAUUUUCCUUUAAUAAAACUCCCAAUAAGCUGAAGCGUGCAGUUUCUACGAUGAUGACAUCGCCCUUUGGCAGCACCAACUCCUUGACGCCCGCCUCGCAGCUGGCACAGAUGCGUCUGGCCAGCUGCACCAACAUUAAUGAAGUUGCCGAUGAGGAUUGUUCGAGCAUGCGCAGCAGUUCUCCUUCCACGCAGUCUGAAAUGUUGGUGGUGCCACCGCUUUCUGUGCAACCCACGCGCAAGAACAAAGGGGUUGUGGGUCGCAUUUAGUUAGAUUACCUGAAGAUGCAGCUGAUACUGAUACUGGGAACCUCAAGUCUCGCUCAACUUAAAUAAGUGUAUUCCAUUUGAACAGCCUCUUUUUGUGCACGCACAAAAAAUCUCGCUUAAAAUGUGCUCAAUGUAAUCAUUAACAUUUACGAUAACUGUAACAAUUUUCUAUACGUUGGUAAUCUCACAUCAAAUCACAUCCCUAGCUCAUAAGUUAGAAAUUUUUAAGUUUUAUUUCGCAAAUGUUGAAGCGUUUGUGCUCGAUUUUAAAUUGAUUUAUGUUUCUCCUCCCCAAGUCAAGUCUAAUUUUAAUUGUAAAUAGUUCUCUAUUAUACACUACAACUUAAACUAAACUAUAUACUAUAUAAUAUCUAUCUUUAUCAAUAUGUUCAAUGUAUAAUCGUAUAAUGUAACUAAUUGUAUUAGUGACUUGAAAUCUCAUUCACGCACUGAAAAUGUUCAAUCGGUUGCUCAAUCGAUUCAACAUGUUUCGGCUCGAUUUCAUGUUCUUUGGUUGGCUUGUCGCCACUUUUGCACAAAAGCUGUGAAUGUUUACUGAGUAAAUUUUUAAAAAAUAUGUAACGAUUAACGUUAUACUCGUUGAUUUUGAAGUAGGCAAAAACAGCCAAACAGUUUAAUCGUAACUGAGUAUGAUAAUCAUUAAUAUACGAACCAUGAUAUAAAACUUUUAA